AUGUCUCGACCUUUCCCCUUUCUCCAGCCAUUUACCCUGUCUUCAUCCCAACCGCGUGACAACCCUGUGUUCAUGGAACCAGAACGAUGCACUGCCGCUUCCUCGGCAUCUGAUACUCCACCCUCAGAGAAGGCACAUGUGGUCCCGAAAUCACUGAUCCCUGCAGGACCAACCAAGGCUACCAAUUUCCAGCCUGUCAAACUUAAUGGGAAGAAUUGGGCGAAAUUGGAUGACCAUGAGACUCAGUUGGCAGCAUAUCUCGGAUUUCAGAAUACCUCAGACCUUCGAGAAUUCGCUAUCUCGUUGCCCACCUUGCUUGCCGAAAAGUACUUCGCACCAGCGGCUCAUAAGAUGACAAAGCAUGGUGCAUUCAAAUCCAUAUCCAAUUUAGGAUCUAGAAAAUUUUUGGACCUGGCAGUCAAGAGAUCAUCCAAGCUACCAAACCAUCCAGAAACAGAAAAUUGUGGCUUGGAUUUUGUGGAAGAUGGUAUUGAACGUCAAGCAAUACAAGGAUACAAGCGUUGCAGAGAAUCUAUUGAACGGGCGGAGUUUUUGAAACGCUAUGCAUCUAAUAAACUCGGGUUUGCCUUAUCCUUCCCAGAAACUACGGACAACUUCCCAUGCCCUGAGCUUGGUUCCAUAACGGAUACGGGAGAGAGCGAACUUGAAAGCUACAAUCGUUGCUGGGAAUCGCUCCGAUAUCUAGGCAGUGGGUUUCACAAGGGAAAUUUGAAGCAUCGGUUUGCAAAUAUGAAGAGGCCGCACGCCCCGUCGUGGAUGCAGAUGGUGACUCAGACGGUGACCCUGACUGUACUCCCUGACCCAUAUAGUGUGCGCAAAUCAUCUGAAGGUGACCAAUCACCACCAAUUGAGCUCGAGGUACAUUGGGUACACAACGAAAAAGUCGCGAUGUACCACGAAACGGCGCUUGCUAUUGAGCAAGCUGGGAGCAGACAAGUAGUUGUGCCAGAUUCACAAUUCACAUUCCCCUGGGAUCCUCCAAUUUUCGUCAAUGCCCAGCAGUUCCGUGAAAAUAUUCGGCGUUACCUAAACUGCGAAGCAUUAGGUUUAAAUUUACAAAGCAUUAGCGUCUACUGUUACGAUGGAGACGAAGAUCAUUGGACGUCUUUAAAAGCUUUCUUUGACAAUCCCCUUCAUUCGGAAUUUGUUCUUUCGGUUCGCCUAGAACGUUUCGAUAUCGAUGAUCCAGCAUUGUCGCUUUAUGAGGAUGGCAAUAUUUCAAUUGACCCGCUCCUCUACCUUGCCACUCCGAAUUCACAAAUCAUCGUCGCAAAGGAAACUCCCGAUGAACGCCAAGGAAAAGAUUAG